GGGGUGCAUAAUAUGCUCAGGGCAUUCAAUAGCCCGACAUUCCAGUCAUUAAGAUUCGUCCAGAUUCUAGCUAGCGUUGAUCGCAGAAAUCCGCAAUGGGAUACCGCUCGGGCCCAGUCAUUUCUUGAAAUGAUAGUCGAUUUGAAGCACCAUGUCCUCGCUCGCAUCCGCGAGGUCUUGCAAUACUCCCCUGUCGCUUGCCGUGCUGGUACAGGCUUUACGGUUCUUUCGUUUCAAAUUGGAUACUUCCCGCUUCUUCAGGUAACUAAUAUCUCUCCAUCUUUUACUACAUCUCUCACCAGAAAUCCAGUUCUUUGGCUCAGACCUCAUCCUCAAAACCAAUCUCCAUCAUAAUAUCCAUGCCUUGUACAGCGCCCUCGAUA